CCCCCCUAAAUACCCCCAUUCCUAUUUUAUCAGGAUACGGGAUAUUAGUAUUUGUGUGGAAAGGCUUUCGGGAUUCCAAGUCCUAAUGACCUUUAUGUUGACCUGGGAGAGCUUCUCCGGGCGUUAUGGACAUACGUCACGACAGGCCUGAUAAGGCUAGUAGUUUGUCUAAACGCGAUUUUCACGCAAAAUUGCCAGACCGAAACGUUUUUAGAUUUAGAUUAACAAACAGGAUUGCAAUAAAAGAAAAAAAAGAAAAAAAAAUGGGAAUAAUGGGAUUUUAGUAUUUUUAGACCCUACGUGAAUAUCAUGGCGUUCCCUUGCCGUUAGUGUGAAUUCAAAGUAGGUGAUUUCUUACAAACUUAUACUAUGAUCACAAAUUUCCAUCCGUCUACUUGGCAGUCAUACAACUUAUUAAAGAACAAGGUUUCAUUUAGUGACUAAGCAUGACAUAUUAGGUUCGCAAACGUCUAAAGUACAUGCUACUCCUUUGAUGCGCCGCGGGAGAGUCUACGAGAGGAGAUAUAAGAGUAUUCUUAUUUUCACUUUCGGCAACGCAAACUGUUUUCCAAGUAGAUAAUACAAUAUUUUAGGGACAUUGCUGAUUAAGGCGGCUUAAGGUGGCUGGAUAUAUGAGCCAUACAUGCGGUAUGUAAGGUGUCGCAGGCUUAUUAUUUUCGCAAAACUAAUUGAUUCCUUUUGGCCUGCUGCACUGUGUGUAAUGUGUCAAUAACAGGGGGAUGCGUAUUGGCAAAGAACAUAAUUAUAUUUACAAUAACACGGGCGAACAAUAUUUUUUUUUGCAGUUCAGCAGGGGAAACACUUGCUUUUUAGUUAUAAGCUAAGUCUAAGAUUAGAAAGUCAAAUGUUCCUCUUUUGAAAGAUCGAAGAGAUGAAAAAAGGUUAGUAGCGGUUAUAUUCAUAUGUGGCUUAUAUAACGUUUCCAGCCAUCAACCUUUUAAUUAUCCUGGCCAACAUUUUUUCCUAAAAGAUACUUGUCUUUCUCUCGUAACUGAAGCCCUGGAAGAUCUCUAAACAUAAAAGAAUAGUCUAUUUACUAUGCAACAUCUUUCGAGAGGUAGCGGUCAUUGUUUUUUUAUUCAAAAAGACGAUUAAAGUACUGCGGCAUUUGAAUUUAAAAUUAAUUUUUAACCAAAAGAGUUCACCUUUUCAAGCCGUUUUAGUAUUUCUCUACGGUAUCUGGCACAAAUCAUCAGUUGCAUUGAUAAAAAAAGACCCGCUGAUGACAUAAUCUGCAAAGUGACAGCCAGCUGACGUCUUGGUGACAGUGGCAGCAAACUAUAUCUUACGUAAAUUAAGAUUUUACAAUCAGCAUGACAUAUCACUUGAUUUUCCUUAUAUGGUGUCUAUCGACUCUCGUUCCAAGUCUUCAGAGCCUCCAGCCUAAUGAGUUUAAAGGUAAAAAUGUGUUCAAAGCUGGAGACGUCAUCAUCGGAGCGCUUUUGCCGAUACACGAGCGAGGCGACGACAGCGCUUGUGGCUCAAUCUAUCCUCUCGCACUCGGGUACGCCGAGACACUUAUCUACACCUUCGACCUAAUCAAUAAUAGCUCGGAGCUGUCGCCAGGGGUAACGCUUGGCUAUGACAUUCGUGACUACUGUGAUAGCCCGACGUUAGCAAUGAAACAAACCUAUGACUUUGUCCAACAAAAUUUUAUCCUCGACGCCAACAAUGCUAACGCAUGUGGGAGGAACACUAGCAGUACGCCGAGCUCAGCAGUUACGUCACCUGAUGCGCGCGCACCUGUAGUGGCUGUGAUUGGCGCAUACGACUCUGGGACUACGGUACUGAUCGCAGAGUUACUUCAAGUGGUGGAGAUCCCCCUCAUCAGUCCGUUUUCAUCCAGCGAACAGCUAAAUAAUGAGUUCUACAAGGCUUUCUUUCGGACAAUUCCUCCGGAUGGACAGCAGGCGAGGACAAUAUCGGAUAUCAUAGAGUAUUUUAACUGGACUUAUGUGGCGCCUCUGGCAGUGGAUAGCUCGUAUGGACGUUACGGAGUGGACGCUUUGAUUGCGCAGUCGCAGAAGAGGAGCACCUUCUGCAUGCGUCCGACCGCGUUCUUUCCGAGGUCUGGGUAUCAGGAGAGAAUGGAGACUAUUGUCGAGCAGCUUAAGAAAUUACCCCUGAUCAAGGUGAUUGUUCUGUGGGCCAAUAACGACCAAUCCCUGGCGCUUCUUAAAGCAGCAAUGAACCAGAACCUACAUGACCGCAUCUGGAUCAUAAGUGACGACCUCGCCACGUCUGCUGGGGAAAUAGUCUUUCAUGACGUCAGCGUUAAAGGAACCUUCUUGGGCGUGGCCCAUCAUUACCAUAGCAACGAGGUGCUGAAGGAUUAUCUGGAGAUGUUGUCAAGAACGGGUCCUCGGCAUGGUUGGUGGAAUGAAUACGUACAAAAGGAGUUUAACUGCACGUGGGAUUCGCGAUCAGGUAAUGACCUGCGGCAUUGCGGGAACCAGAGUAUGGAAAUGUCCGCAUCAAACUUGAGCGAUAUGUACAACGCCUUCACGGCAUACGUAGUCGACGCUGCAUACGUUGUUGCAAAGGCAUUGAAAGCUAUGCACGGCUGCAACAGCAGUCUCCAUAACUGCCCCACCCUCACCCCCCACGUAAGCCCUGCCGACCUCGUGCAUUACAUCCAGAACGUCAGCCUGCAAGGUAUGACGGGAAGAGUAGCGUUUGACGCCCAAGGAAAUCCCAAAUCUUCUGCUUAUGACAUCAUAAGUUAUCUUCCUGAUACGGACAGAGGUCGGUACAGCAAGAAUAUUGUUGGAAAAUGGUCGGAACGAGAAGGGCUUAAGGUCAACACGACUAUGAUACAAUGGCCAGGCGGAGAGAGAAAUACACCCUUGUCGUAUUGUAAAGAUAGGUGUCCCCCCGGGUACUGGCAGACCCGGAUGAAGAACUGUUGUUGGGAGUGUACAGAGUGCCCGCAGGGGACCAUAAGCCCGAGGUAUGCAGCACCUUCUUGUAGCAACUGCACUGGUGGACGAACCCCUAACGCAGCCAGGACCAUGUGUAUUUCAGAGAAGAUGGCCGACAAUCAGCUGUCCAGUGCGGUGGGCGUGGUCAUUAUCGUUCUGUCAGCGGUUGGCAUCGUGACAGCAUGCGUCGAUUUAGUGUUGAUCAUUCAGUUUUACAGAACACCGCUAAUCAAAGCGUCGAAUCGCGAGCUCAGCGUUGUCUUACUGGCUUUGAUAAUCAUCAUCUUCGUCCUGUCAAUCAUACACAUCGCCACACCCACCGAGGCAAUCUGCAGCCUGAUCCAGUUGUGGCGAUACGCGGUGCACUCAGCGAGCGUAGCCAUCUUGUUCAUUAAGACAAUCCGUCUCGCUGGGGCCUUCCAGCUUCACCUGACAGGCGUCCCUCGCUGCUGCAAGCGAUUCUUCAUUGAUGCCAGACUACAGAUUGUGAUGCUUGUUCUAAUCAGCACGUGUCCAAUACUUUUAGCGCUAGCAUGGAAGGUGUUAGACCCACCUUUUGUCGUUAAGGACGUUAUAGCUAAGGCAUCAUAUAUAAGUGUGGACUUCCACUGUAAGCCAUACAGCAGAAUGACAGGGCAAAGCCUUCAAGUCACUUCCCUCUCCUACCUUAUCUUACUAACUCUCCUUUGCGUGUACUACUCCUUCAAGGCAAGGAACCUACCCGCGAACUUCAACGAGACGCGCUACAUCGGUCUAUCACUGUACAUAUUAUUGCUCUCAUGGGUGACCUACUACCCAAUCAACAGUGCCCUUGAGGGCUGGUAUGUUUCAACUAUCUCCAGUAUGACGGCCCUAUUGAGCGGAUAUGGACUGCUAGGGUGUAUAUUUGUACCCAAGAUGUACAUAAUCAUAUUCCAGCCUGAUAUGAAUACGAACGAGUUCGUAAGAGCAGAGCUGCGCUCGGCGAACCGCACUAUGAACUCUGUCUCAGUGCAAAGCAGUACACAGCCAAUCUAGCCAAUUACGCUGAAUUGUCUUCAACCUUCUUUUUUCCACUUUUUUCCUAUACAAUCGUUCUGACCUCUGUCACGCUAUGCGCCUGUGUGACAGAGGUCAGGACGACUGCAUAGGGGAUUACUACCCUUGGCACCUCUCUCUACCUCUGGUACCCGGGGUAGAUUACUUUCUUUUGAACACAAAGUAUAUCUCUUUGUAUUUUUUGGGGGGGGCAGCGGAUUGUUUUCUUUUCGUCAAAGGUAAGUAUUCAUUAUACACCUAAACGACAUUAAACGUUGUCAGUUCAAAUGUGGGUGGGGAUGUCAAUUGGCAAUCUAAGACCAAUCACUGCUUAUGGGUACAAUUAUUUUUAUACUGGCACAUGUUAAAUUCUACUGCACCUUGCCUACGAAGAACCUGGCACACCCCAAUAAUUUUAGCAUGCACAUUAUCGUGUAAAUAGCGUACUAGAUCUUCUAUCGCGGAGCCAACCGUUUGCUGUCGCAACGUGGUUAAGUCAUUAGUCCCUAUUUCUAAAAUGACCACAUCAGGCGAAAAAUCCUGUACCAAUUGCAAGUCAUAUCACGAACUUUCUCUACCGCACGACCGCCAAAGCCGUGUAGUUGUGUAGUAGUAGCCGUUGUAGUUGGUGUAAAUGUUCAUGGCCCUUUUUCUGCAAAAAUGUAGCAAGGCGCCGAAUAAAAGAAUGACCCAAAACGAGUAUACAAGGGUGUGACAGCAAUAAAGACAAAUAAGUGACUGAGAACAGGAUAAUAGAGAACUUGCCUGAAAUGACGAAAGAAACGAUUCAGUGACCACGAUGUUCUUGCUACUGUGUCUCACAGAAGAAAGGGCGAGUUUCACGCGACCCCGGCUUUUCAUGUGAGCUCGUCCUGUCAUCGCUAUUCCGGUGCGGUAAACGAACAUGAACCCACCGCUCUUACCACAGGCAUCGCUCUGUGAUAACAUUCCCGUGUGAUAAGAUACACGCUGGAUUUACAAUUACACAAAUUUCUACGUCCCAGCAUAAACGCUAUUAUGUCUUCGUACAUAAUCGUGUAUGUAAGAAUAAAGAUAAGUAAUAUAAUCGCAGAAAUUAUCCACAUUUUCCUACAUUCAGUAGAAAAUUAACUGAUUCCAUGGUAUUUUCUGAUAGAACGGCCAUUUCACAAUUGGUAUUUCCAUUCGCACUUACAACGUAUUUUGAAAUGUGUGUAUGCUACGCAAACUUUGACCGCGAUUGAAUGUAUAAACAUUUUUUUUCCAAGACUCGAACCAUAUAAGGGAAUUUCUAAACAAGAAUAUAAGCUCUCAAAGUCACUCGCGCCUUAGGAGCAGGUACCUUUCCUAAAAAGGUGUAACCGUCCUGUAUGUUUGUUGUGGUCAUGAGCGAGUUAUAAAGUAAUAUUCAUUCGCACGAGUUGGUUAGGUAAAAUGAAACCACAAUAGAGCGAGGAUUUUUUUAGGGAAUUUAAUCAAACCAGUCAUGUUAUAACCUAACUAAGCAUUAUACUAACAUUAUAUGCAAUAUGUACAAUACAAUAUAUUCCUUAUACUAUGUACAAUUCUUCAAAUGUUCAGAGGAUUCGCAAAUAAAUAUAUCAAAUAUUA